AUGACCGACACACGACCCUAUAAGAGGCGCAAAACGGCGUCAGAUGAGGGCGUGGACGAAAUGGAGAAUUUCCAGAUGAACACACAAAGAUUUGUACUCGAGCAGAUUGACUUGGAAAUCGGCAUACGGCGACGGCUGGAGGAGACGGUGAACUCCCGGAUGGCUUGGGCUCUGCAAUUGCAGCAGUCACUUCGGGCUGGACACGCCUCGCAAGCUUUCUUGAAUGAUGACAGCUUCGACUAUCGAACACUGGCUUUCGAAGCUUUACAUGCGGCCGAGGCUCCUAUCCUACCCGUUCUCUCUCAUGAGGCACUGCCUUCGCGCACUACGAAGCAUGAACGCUCUACCCCGAAUACACACAUUCCGACGGAUGCUGUAACUUCGACCCCAGCUCCUCUAAUUCCAGACGUGUCAGCGUCCGAUCGCGUUUCCUCACGUUCGACUCGAAACAGAGGCCAAGUCGUAGGCGUACGCGCCCCCACCAAGAAGCUCAUGUACCUACGCAACACCGCCGAGAACCCACCCACCCUCGCCAAACUAGUCUGCCCGGACUGUUCGCGCUCGGACAUGACGAACGUGCAAGGGCUGUACAACCAUUGUCGUCUGCGCCAUAAGCGCGAGUUUGGCAGCCAUGAAGAGUGCAUUCGCGCGACCGCGGUCAAGGUUGCGCCGGAGGAGGAGGCGUGGGUGAUCGAGAAUGGGAUAGAGCUCCCGGGAGUCAGUCUUCCCAGUCUUCGUAGUUUGUUUGAGAUGGCGGUGGGGGUGGAUAAUGGAGGGGAGGACCAUUCACCGUCUCCUGCGCCUCGAACUGGAGGUUCGGCGCAAGGAGAUGCGCCGGCUACGGGCACGCACCUCUCACGAACACUCGGACACCAUAUCGAUACUCCUGCUCUCGCACCCUUCUUGGGGCGGGAUGUCAAGCGGAGAACCAUCACGGUGCAUGAGGAAGACGCAGACGUCGACAUCGAGAAUGUGUCACGUCCUGGUGCUCAUAGCUGGCGCAAGCCGUACGUGCACCGGAGCAAAGCCGUCCCCGCAUUGGAUGUUAGCUCUCCCGAACCGGGACCAGAAGCUAGAGUGCUACCUUGGACCUCCGCGCAAGCAAGACCCGAAGUAGCUGAGUCGUCAAUCCCCUCAACUCUUCCCGUGGUAGGGAGCCGCUUCCACUUCACUGCUCGCAUCAAUGUUGGAGACCGCAGCUUGUGGCUUCCACCGAGGAGCCGCGAGUCUGUUCCCGAAGGGCAUACGCACCGCUGUAUGAUCUAUGUUGACUCGCCAUCUUAUAGUUUGCACACCUCUGCGUUCAUAUCACACCUGUCUGUUCGUUCCCUCACGGACCCGUCGCCGUCCACACUCAAAGAACCGGCUACAUGUUCGACAUACCCUUUCGCCGUCUUAUUGACAACGGACCGGCCCUUUCUGGCGGAACUUACACUGUCUUUCGUUGGCGAGAGGAACCCUGAUGUUGUGAUACAGCAUUGGAUCGAACUGGAUCCAUUCAAACAUGAGAAGUCUGUUCUGGGUGACGAGCAAGUCAUCGAUCUCGAGCUGGAUCGAUCAACUCAGUAUCGCGAUCCUCAGCCCCAUAUCAACCCAGUGGACAUCCUCAAUGCAAGCAAACAGCGGGUGUCAACAAAGGCUGAUUCAGGCCAAUCAGGAGCUGAUGAGAUACCACCUUACGUGCGGUUACUGAAAUCACUUCUUCCACGGUUUCCUAUGACAUCGCGAGAUGCCAGAGGUGUUUCGGUCGCGCACCUUCCGUACAUGCUCCUUCCAAGCUCGCAAGCCCUACGUGCGCUUGUUGAUGGCCGACGCAAAGCUAUUGAGCGCGCCCGUGCCCAAGCUUUGUGCGAAGCUUAUGCCAAAGCACGCGCCUCAAUGUCGUCUGAGGAAGCGUCCAACUACCUCGACCUCAGUAUCGCCGACGUUUACAUCUGGCUCGAAGACGGUGGUCACUUCCUCCGACCUCCACCUGUGCAACCUUCAUCUGCGCCAACGAAGGAGAUAAAGCCCGAUACGGACACACACCGGAGUGAAACUGAAUACUGCGCUAUAUGCGGUGUGAAUACCCGUAUCCACCCACAAGUCAAAUCCGAAGAUGGCUCGCUACAGCCUCCGGCCCUAUGUCCGUUCGCUCCGCCAACUCCGCAUCUCCUCGUACUCGACCCUCUUCGAAACUUGAGCCUUUCCGACAAGUCUCGUAUCACGUCGCGAGCUCCUCCCGGACACUGGCUAUACACUGAUAUGGACGUCCUUCAAGCAAUUGACCCGCGCGUCAUUGAUGCUACAUCGCGCAUAUCAGGCGGCCUGCAUCUCCCACAGGCUCUGACGACAGCGGGAUCCGCCACACUUGCACUUGCGACACGAGCGUUUCUCCAACGCCUAUUGCAGAGAGCGGAAAGUCUUGCCUACAAUGAUCGCUCCCAUGCGCCAGGCGCACCGAGCUCUCAGCUCCUUACGCCGGCGCAUAUACAUCGCGCUAUGAAUGGCGAGGAGGCGAUGCGGAUCGUCGGAUCCGUCCUGGGAAGCGUGAGGUCAUAUCCUGCCGCUGCCGCUCGGCCUCAAAGCGCGCGACCGGCGGGAGAUGCGGCGGUCAAGCAAGAGGUCGAAGAAUGA